AUGGAGCUUGGUGGUCUUGUCAUUGGGGUCGCCGGCCUCUUUAGGGCAUAUAUUGAUAUUCUUGAUCGGGUCUCUUCCUACAAGGAAUUCCCACUUCAGUCACGGCAAACCGUUGUGAGCUUUGAGGCAAACAGGGUUAGACUGAAAGAUUGGGCCGCCGGCGAUGGGAUUGAGGACGGAGCUCUAAAGCAGAGUCAUCAUAUCCGCCUUGACGAACCCGAUGUUGAAAUGUUUGGGAAGUUUGUGGACAUGUUGCACAGGCUCGUUCCUAGAGAGCAAGAUGGGUCAGAGGUUCUUGUUGAAGACUUCAAGGUUUUGCUUACACGGCAAAAUUCUCUUGUUCAAUCGCAGAAGAGAGCCGACGAGGGCUAG